CAAUUACAUUGCUGUACGCAUAAGGUUCCUGUAUGUGGAGAUUGCAUCUGCUUUCCUGAACACAGUGCUUGUGAGGUGAGGACAUAUGCAGAGUGGAUGGUUGAUUCCAGUUGCAGUUUCCUACCAAAAUGUAGCUUUUGCUUGCAGAUACUGACUCAUUCAAGUCGCUCUGUCACUCAGCUCGGCUGCUUACAUGUUUUGCAUAAUUCGUGCUUGCUUCUACUUUUGAAAGGAUCCUCAUCUCCAACUGGUUACACAUGUCCUUCAUGCAAAUCACAAAUAUGGCCCACAAAGAAGCAGUUUGUUAGUUCUGGUUCUUCCCUUGCCAAUCAGUUGGAGGAAUUAUUUGCGAAGAGCCAUAUUUUUAUGUUGGACAAGAAUUCUCUAUUGCCAUUAGCUUCUGAACUAUUAUCAAAUUUCUCUGAGCAAGGAUUCUCACAGCCACGUUCUGAGAUUCGAUCAACAGUUUUUAGUUUGUCAUCACCUCUUGCUGAAAUGUACACAGAUCCGAAGAGUCAAAAGGCACAGUAGAGCUAUAUUCCUAAAGAUCAAAAUGUAUUAGAGAGUUGGGAAACACUUAAAUCACCAAGAAAGACGAUAAAUAUUGAAACUCCAAAGUCUUGUUCACCUGAGAUUGAUAAGCUUUUUGUACAUUCCCAUGUCAUGGACGUAGAAUAACUGAUUUCUAUUUUAACUAAUCUUCAUAUUGUUAAUUUUGCAGGGUCCUGAAUGCAAAAGCUGAGAACAACCAGCAAAUCCGGGAAAGGAUCAAUAGCAAGCAAGCCCACUGACACAAAAAUGAAAUCACACAAUUUAUUACCAUUGUACUAGUUUUGCACAACAUCGUUAAUAGGCAGCCGACAUUUGGCAAACAUAUGUAAAUAUAUAUCUCUUUCUUUCA